AUGUCGAAGAAAGUUUUAUCAUUACUUAUUGCAAUCGUUGGUCUGAUUGCAGUUACUCUAGCAAUUGUUGGUGUUGCAACAAGAAAUUGGGUUAGUGUUCAAGGAAAUACAAACGAAUUGCGGACUAAAUUUGAUCAAUUGUUAGAUGAAAAUGGGACGUUUGUUGUAAAUGCCUCUGGUAACAUAGUUAGCUUACUAUCAAUGCCAUCGCUAGCGAAACAGGUUGUAAUUGGUCUUGCAAAUGCAACACUUAUUCAAGUAGAAAGACAGCUGAGUAGUAAUCUUCAGCCGACAACCUAUAGUUUAUUUGAUAAAAAGAUUGCAGCGACGAGAACAACAGUUCCAGAAUUUAAAUUACCACAAGGACUUGUCAUUGCCGGUUUAAUCUGUCUCUUUAUUGGAACUUCAUUGGCGACCAUUAUCCUCUUUAUUCAUGGUAGCUUACGAUCUGGUGGUCUUUUCGCCAUUGUCCCUCUGUUCUUCCUCGUUCUCGGCUCAAUUAUAAUUCUUCUUGGUUAUUUACUAUUUACAAAAAUCAUUACUGAAGAUUUUGGACAUGACCUUGGAAUUAAAGUUAGUUUAGGCUACAGUUUUAUUUUGGUUGCGAUUUCUUCGAUUAUUGGAUUUCUUACAGCUGUUAGCUUUGCAUCGUCGCUGAUUUCACAUGUUAAAACAACAGGUACGACUGGGCAAGCUGUUGGUUUGAAAGAACGACGACCAGUUCCAGUGGCAGGGAGAGUGGCGUUAAGAGAAUCAUUUUAA